AUGGACAAGUGGUUCUGGCCUCCAUUCUGCCUGUCGCUCCUCAUCCUGACCCUCUUUGGCACCGUGGUCUCCUUCGCGACGUGGCACUGGGCGAAGCAGUCGGUGGCAGUGCAGAAUGAGGUCUUGCGAAAGUUGCUGGAGAGAGAAGCCAACACGAAGUGCAGGAAGAUCCUGCGAGCUGCCUUGAUUAACAGGACGGAGGAGGUGGUGCAGGUGGCCCAGAGGGAGAUGCAGAGGGUGCUGGACGAGGAGUGUCCCGCUCGGCAGAGGAGGGAGAUUAUCAAACCCUUCUUGGUGUCCCGCGAGUUGCUGUCGACUCUGCCUGCGGUGGAAGGUGGUGGCGACGAUGGCGAAGAUGAUGAUGAUGAUGUGUAGUUUUUAUUAUCUUGUGCUUCUUUUUUAAUUUUCUGUUC